AUGACCCUGUGGCUCCUGGAGCAGACGUGGGUGACCCCGAAGGCGUGCCUUAUGGUCCUUGGGCGGCUGGCGAGGGCCUUCGAGUUCAGGAGGCCGCUGUUCGCCACUCUCAAUCAGGUCUGGGUCCUCCCUGAGCUGAGAGCGGCAGCCGCUAGUGCGGGAAAGGCGCUCGUGAAGCCGUUCAAGCUGCCAGCUGAGGCGCGCGCUGAGCUGCUCUCAGCGGUGAGCCUCCUGCCGAUGGCCUACACCGACAUGCUGGCAGCGCUCGACGCGGUCGCGCUUGCCACCGACGCGAGCGAGGAGAGCGGCGGCUUGUGCUACACGACGGGCCUCACCCAGCACGGUGCCCAGACUGCUGCCCAGCCAGUCGGGGAAGAAGGUUUGGCCUUCACGCCGCGCGGCGCCAUGAGCUCCCGGAUGCCGCAGGCGCUGCUGCAGGACGGCGCUGCCCUGCCGACCGUCGUGCUCUUUGACCUCUUCGGAGGGGUUGGGGCCUCCAUGGUGGCGUUGUCGAGGUGCCCGUGCCGCGUUGUCAUGUACGUGUCGUCGGAGAUUGACAAGGCGGCGAAGCGUUGCGCGCGGCAGAGGUGGCCUGGAGUGAUCGAGCUUGGCGACGUCACCAAGGUCACGUCAGAGGCCUGGGCUCAGCUGGGUCGCGUGGCGAGCGAGGUGGCCUCCCUCGCCGUGAUCGCGGCGGGGCCCCCGUGCACCGACCUGAGCGGGCUGAACGCCGCGGGGCAGGGGCUCCCCGGCAGCAAGAGCGGGCUGUUCUUCGAGCUGCCGCGGGCCUUCAAGGCGAUAGAGCAGGCGUUCGGGAUCAAGCGCACGCACUGGCUUGUGGAGAACGUCGCAGGGAUGCGCUCGGAGGACCUGGCAGUGUUCUCACAGCAGCUGGGGGUCAAGCCGUACAGGGUCGAGGCGAUGGGCGUGGGCCUGGCGAGGAGGCCUCGGCUCUACUGGCUAUCGUGGGCUUUGCAGGCGCGCGCUGGGGUGAUCGACAUCACUGACGAGGAGAAGUACUUCAAGGUCAAGUUGCACGCGUCGCCGUCCGACUUUCCUGCCUGGGCUGAGGACGGCUGGAGCCUGCUCGAGCCCAAGCAUGCGCUGCCAACCUCCGCGAAGCUGCAGAAAGGAAGUCACCUCCAGUGUACGGAGACUAGCUACGUCUCACAGGUGUAUAACUUCGAGGAUGAGAACCUGCUCUGGAACACAGGACGCACUGCCUGGCGGAUUCCCGCAGCUGAUGAGCGCGAGACUUUGAUGGGCUUCGACCGCGGGUGCACACGCGCGGCCGUGAAGGAGUCCGUUCCGAGCCUUGAAACAGAGAUCAUCAGGUCGUCGCUCAUCGGCAACUCUUUCUCCGUCCAAGUCGUGCCCUACAUCCUCGCGCAGCUCUUGGCUCGAAAGGCGAAACGAGGUGCCCCGCCUAUCGUGCCUUUCUUGCAGAUGGGGAUCGCCCCGGAAGCUCGGGGCCGCGCGCCUGAUUUCAAAGCGACCGAGAUACAGGACCAUGACCUCGAGCAGCAGCGUGUGUUUAAGUACUUGCGCAUUGCUAGCCGAGGAGGGACGGACGUGCGGCUCGACUUGCAGGUCGGAGCCGCGGUCAACGUCGUCAAGUGGAGGUCGCGGACUGCGGCCAGGUUCAGUUCAAGAUACCUCCACUUGCUUGACUCGCAGGUGGCCGCUAGUGUCCUGGCCAGGGUCAGGAGCAGUGCGAGACGACUCUGGGGCUGGAUGCGAGGCCGCGCGACCUACCUCCUCGCUACUGGCUGCUACCCGAUGCGCGCGUACAUCGACACGGACGACAACCCAGGGGACGUCCCGAGCCGUUGGUUCGACGGCUGCCGCAGGCUGCUGGCGUUCUGGGCGGCGACCGGCAAGCGGCCCAGGCUCGUUCAAGAGAUUGAUGAGGGCGUUGCCGCUUCCAUAGAGCACGCGUGGCACACCAAUGGCUCGCUGCUGCAGGUGAACAACACCUUGGCGGCCGCCCCUUUUUUCACGCCGCGGAUGAGCGGCAAACUGAAGCUGAGCUGGAAGCUUCAGAAUGCGCGGUUGAGGCUGGAGCCCAACGUGCGCGCCCUGCCGCUGUCACCGCUGUGUGCAGCCGCCAUCGCUGGCGCCUUCUGCUGGUCAGGCGAGAUGCUGCACCUCAGGCGUCGAGACGUCCAAGUCUUCCGAGAGCGCGGAGUGGCGAUCUUGGCGCUGCGGAUGACAAAGACCAGCCGGCGAGGGGGGCACUCGGAGCUGGCGGUCGUCCGUUCGCAGGCAGCGGCGCGCUUGCCAGUGAAGUAUGUGGCGCCGCUGGCGCCCGAUGAACUGCUCCUCGGCUCGCCGCGCAGCGAGUUUCGCCGCCUGUUUCGACAGGUGCUGAACACCAUGUUCACCUCCGCCCUGCUGCGCCUCAGCGCGGCCGCGCCCGCCGCGCAGCCCUCGGCGGCCGUCGCGCUGCUCGCCGACAUCCUGGGCAUGCUGGGGGCGGCAUGCCUCAGCGCGCCUGUCAACCAGCUGUACAAUUUCGCGGUGACCUCGCGGGCGUACAGGGAGGCCUCCGGCCCGGCCGGGUGGUUGGCUCUGAGCCUCGGCUUCCUGGACAGCACCUACGUGCUGCGGGACGAGGCCGGCAAGGCGUACGGCCUGACGCCAACGCUCGCGCGGGACCUGUUCUUGCGGUGCAUGUACGUGGCCAAUGACCUGUACGUGUGCUUCGCCAUGAUCGAGCGGCUCUUCGUCGCGGCGGGCAGGCGCUGGCGCGCCGGCAAGGGCAAGCUGGCGUGAGAUUGGAGGGCGCGCAACGGGGGGGGGUUCACGCCCUAUAGGCACCUCUGGCAGCACCCGGCGAGGGCAAGCUGGGCCUCCCCGGCGCUUCUGGGGACACCUUAAUUACAGUCAACCCGCAUGGUAAGGAGGACGUUCGCCGCCGAUGGACGGCCGACUGACUGCGGCACGGAGGCACCUCCGGCAGCACCCGGCGGUGGCAGGCGGGCGCCGAGAGCCGCGCCCUGCGUGGCCGAGCGCGUCGGGCCCCCCCCCCCCGGGGCGCGGGGGUCGGGCGCGUCGGCGCCCUGCCCGCGCCUCCGCUGCCCCACCCGGGCCCUGAGCCGAGCGAGUCUUCGGCUCGGGGGGUAGACGGCGCCAGUGAACGAGCGAUCGGGU